AUGGGCCCUGUCUGGGGUCGGGGCGCGGGUUCAGCUCCCUGCUACUCCUCUCGCCACCGCCCACACACUUCGUCCCUCACUUUCCUAAAACCACCCCGGCUCGGCUCUUGGCAGCGACAGCGGUGGCAGCAGCGACGGCAAAGUGGCGGCGGAGGCCGAGACACCUCGUGGGCUUGUGUCCAUGCCGGGCCUGAGGAAGGGAGAGGCCGGGGAGUGGGGACCCGGGGGUUCCCCGAGAGCGCAGAGGCGACCUGUGAGGUAGCAGAUAAAGCCCUUUCUUCUCCCGGGAAAGUGCAGCGGAGCGCGGUGAGGACCAGCUCAGUGGACUCGGCAGAGGCGGGAGCUGUCCUUAUCAAUUCUAGCUCAUUUCCCUCACCCCGGCCCUGCCUGCUUCCCUGCUUCGCAAACUGUUGGCUUCCCCGUCACCGCUCAGUUUUGCUCAUUUUCCAGAGACGACUUCAGACCUGGCAGGAGAAUCCUUUCAGCCCCCCACCCCCGGCCUCCUCUCUCCCGCCCCCCCCCCCCCCCGCAUCUCAAAGCGCGGAAGUUCAGACGUGUAUCUCCCCUUCCCUCGCGGGGCGGCAGCGGGGAAGGCGAGGAGGGAGCCGGUGGGGCCACUGGGGCGGCUUUAGAGCCGGAGCCCGGAGGCCCGGAGGGAUUCACGUGAAAGGCUGCGUCUCCCAGGGCAGCAGGAACACAGGCUUUAACUCCAGUAACUGGCCGAGCAGAAAGGGACCCUCUGCCCACAUCCCGCCCGCGCGCCCGCCCGCCCGCCCGCCCGGGAGAGCCGCCGCCGCCGCCGCCGCCGCCGCCGCCGCCCGGCUCCGAGGGAUCCCGCCGGACCUGCCCCUUCCACUGCGGCUCACUCUCUGCCCUGCCUGGCGCCAGUCCUGGAUCGCCGGCUUCCUAUUUAUACCACACUGGGCUCCUCUCGACUCACUUUACCAUCCCGUUCCAGGCUGGCGACUUCGCUGCUGAGCUGAAACUGCUAAUUUCUGUGACCAGCUUUUUUCUUAGCUGUGAUCUGGAUGAAUGAGUAGCUGUCUCACAGAGAUGACAAAAAUAAACUCUAAUCCCCCCAAAAUUUCCACUACAUCUUUCUCAUGCAUAGAUUUAUGAUCUUCAAGCGCUCUGUGCAAUAUGCAAACUUUUUUUUGUGUCUGUAUAUAUGCUGUUGUUUCCAGAUUUCACUACAUUGGUAUGCUGCUCCCCCACCCCCACCCCCACCCCAUGAAAUGCAGAAACCGUCUGAUCUCAAAGUAUGCCAGGAUGCCACUUUCUAGUGUCUUGAUAUUUGGGGUUUGUGUCUGAUUUGAAAGACACUAGCCCUCACCUAAGAGGUGAGUGGCUGAGUGUACAAACUGGGGGGGGGGGGCGUGGGGUGGGGAAAUUAGAACUAGUAGGACGGAAUAGAGGACAGCCCUUCUCUUUACGUGUGUUUCCCUGUACUAUUCAAGCUUUCUGAUCUUGUUGGAAAACAUAUUUUCUCUAUUAUUUUGUCUGGUUAAGCAACCAUCUCGGAACUUCUGUGUCAGCUCUUCAACAGAUAAGGGUUCAGAAGUCACAUUUUUUUUUAAUUGAAAGAUUAUCAUAUUGUCAGAUAUGUCUUUCAAUUAGGAGUGUUUGAUUUGCAGGAGCUAGAGAGUCAAGUGCUAGGAAGCCCAGCUGCAAUUUCACAAAUGUAACCUUUAAACUUUGGACCUCAUCUGGUAUAUAAGGAUGACCACAUAAAGCUCACAUUUUUGACCCUGCUUAGCAUGCAGAACGGAGCCCGGAAUGAUUCUGGAAUUUCAGCUGUACCAGAGAUUCAUGUGUAUUUUGGUAGAGGACACGUUCUCUAGACUCAUUUCAUGAUGUACUGCGCCCUUACAUUUAUAGCCCUGCAUUUUGGUUGUCAAUGGGGGUUGGGGUUGGAGGUGUCCAAGAAAGAAAGAAGGGGGGUGGGGGGAAAAAGAAGAAGAAGAAGAAGAAGAAGAAGAAGAAGAAGAAGAGGAAGAAAAAGAAGAAGAAGGCAUGCCCUUGAAUAAAAGGAACAUGAAAGAAAGCUGGAUAUGAGCUAAAUUGAGUUUUCUUUGCCAUUAAAGAUAUGAAUAUGAUUCAUUCUAAUUCAUAUGUGCUCUGAUUAGUAAACUUAUUAAAAUACACAUCAGGGCACUACUGAAAGGCUGUCUUUCCACCUUCCCUUUUGAUUUGUGAGAGAUGGAAAGAAACCUGCUUAAGUGGGUGGGGGGGGGGGAGAGAAACUGAAAAUUCUUUGGUUUAGAAAUAGGGAAUUCCCCAUUUAGAAUAAUAAACAUUAACGUGCAUGUGGGAUAUUUGCUCUUCAAUAAAUGAAGAAAGAUCCAACUGAAGAAUUUUACUCCUCACAAAGGCCCUUCUCCAUCAAGGUCUUAGGUUGUCUGAGAGUAAGAUACUUUAUUCAGAUCUUGUUGAGAUGCUGCAUUUGAUAUUCGUAUGCAUAACAAAAAGCUCAAAUACAUGGUAAAGUAAUAGAAAAGGAUUUUUUGUUUAGAGCAGGGAAAAGAAAGAGAAUAGAUUAUCCAAAUAUUCUGGCCCUACUAUUUGUUUUGAAUUUUUCCUUUUUGAAUUUCCCCUAUUUAGGUCCUGAACAAGAAGAUUGUGUAAAUGUAAUAUACAGUCUUUUUGUUGGGGGGGGGGGGUCUGUGUCAUUAGCAAUUAAAGCUAUCAAGUAUGUGGAGUAUCACCAAAUUCUCAUACAUUGAAAGUAUAAUUUGUAUAGUAUGCUUUUGAUGUUUAUCUUGUAUGAGCUUCCAUUAAAGUAUUUGGAACUAAAUUCAAAGGUCAAUAAGAGUAUUGAUCAUUAAGCUAUUGUCAUCUUUCCAUUUUAUCAAAAAGGAAGUAAGAUGUGCUUUGUAGAUCUCUAAAUAUCUUGAUUUUGAAUUUAUAUGUAUUUUUUACUGAUAAGAUAUGUUGACCACUAGUUAUGAUUACAAGGAUCUUUGCUGCUCCCAAACAAUAUGAAAGGGACAUUUCAAAAUUUUUAACUAUCUAUAAUUUUGAUGCUUAUUUAACAACCAGAGUGGAAGGGGAAAAGAAGAAUUGGGGUUCUUGCAAUUCUAAAGCAGCUGUUGAAAUCAGUGGCUAGUCUGUUUUCUCCUGGGUUUUAAAGUUACACAAUUUGAGAAUGUUUAAAAUUUCAGAGAAAAAAUUACAAUUGUGGCCGUUUUGUAAGCAAUUAAAAAUAAUGUUGAUAAUAAAAAAUCUCUUCAUAA